AUGAUCCCAAAAAGUGACCCCCAUACCCAAAACCUGCACUUUAAAAUUUCAGAGUGCCCCCAGGUGUGGGAGGUAUACCCAGUGCAGAAUGGAAACUGGAGUUGCUCGGGUUAUAGGGAUAACUGGUUCAAGACGAAGUGUACGCUGGAGUGCCUGCCUGGCUUUGCGGUCCCUGUGGCAAAUGUUACCAUGGAAAAUGUUACCGUGGAAACGGUUACUGUGACAUGCGGAAUACAUUUGAACUGGACUGGUGUAUCAGCAACAGCACCACAGUGUCUCCCAGUGCCUGAAACAACUACACCACAGGCAGCCAUAGUACCAGUGACCAACACUGUGGAACAAAGCACAACUACGGUUCACAAUGUGAAUUUAUCAUUGCCAGUCACCCUGAGUAAUAUUACCAUGACAACUGGUACAAGUUACACAACUGAAGGUGGCAGCACUGGUACUAAAGGUGGAGGUCACAUGGUCCCAGUUUUUCCAAUAGUCGGAGGUGUGUUAGGAUCACUGAUAGCCCUGAUAGUCUUGGCAGUCCUAAUUUAUGUAGUACGGAGGAAAUGUUGUUACUCUCCAAACAGGUGCUUCGAAAGGAACUAUUCACUUGCUAAUUCAGAAUCAAGUGAUGGCUCAGACAGUAAAUUUGAUAAAGACACUAAAGAGGAAAUAUUACCCCCUAAGCCAGGACUGACCAAUGAUGCCUGUCAUGUAGAAGAAGAUGGCACCCCUCAUUCAGUAAAACCAACCCCCCGGAUAAUUAAUGUUUACAGCCCAAAUGUGACUAUCAACUCUGAUAAAGUUGACCAGUUUACUGUGCAAAAAGUAGAGGACAGUCGUGUGCUAUGCGACUCAGAAAUAAAUGUACAGACAUCAGUUGAGGACAAUUGCUGUGUCGAUUUUACCUCAGGUGACCUUGACUUAUCUGAAAAGGUUGAAUGUGAGGACACAAGUACUCUUUCAGCUAUGACAUCUUUACCGUCAUUUUCCUUCGAAAAAGGUGAAUUGAGUCAUAUUGAGACUCCACGGAAAUCCUUAAUGUAUACUGGAGAUGGAGAGGGUGAUGGCAAUUUCAGGUCUGAUUCCAAUGAUGACUGGUCUCACCCAACUGAUGACAGGACAAGCGCAAGUGACAAACCACACAAAAAAGAAGUCCCAUACAACUUACAAUCGCAGUUGUCAGACGAUAGCACAAAAUCCACAGAAAAUGGAAGCAACAAUAACAACAACAAAAAAGGUGGGAUUAAUAUCAAGAAGGCGUCCAAAGUGAGAGCAAAUCAAAAGACUGUGGUGUCAGGGAGCGUGAGCCCAGAAGACCAUGCGUUUGUCUCUGGUUAUGACUUUGGAGGCAUUAACAUAGAAGAAGCAGACGAUGUGGAGGCAAACCAGGAGCUCCAUCUGGUGGGAGAUCAGAGCCCAACUGAGGGACAUCCACCAGGGGGCAGCAGUGUCAGGAAGCCUCCUGUUGGUGCAAGUUUAUCUACAGUAGACACCAGUACAGCUGCAGAGGGCCAGUCUGACUCCACUGUCCCCAAGUGUCCCCCUCCUACUGUUGGACCAUACUGUGGAGUAGCAAUUCCCACAAGCCAAGUAAAAAUUGGCUCAAGCACAAGUCUAGCUAUAGUAAAACUGCCAAGUCAUUGUAAUGAUGGCCGCGAAGAAAUUUUCAUCUGGUACCACCUGGCUUCAGCAACAGCUCUUGUUGGAUCUCAGACCUACACCAUCACCAGUGCCAGCCCAAAGGAUUCUGGGAAAUAUCACUGGACAGUUUUGCUAAGUGAUGGAAGUUUAUUUCAUGGACUGGUUGAAGUGACAGUCACAGGAGACCAGCAUUCUGAGGACAACUUAAUGCCGUCAAAGACAGCUGAUGUCUCCAUCCAGCCACUCACUGCCAAUGGAGGACAGUAUAGGCUGAUAGAAGGCUCUUCUGGCAGCCUCCCCCAGCCUGGGCUGACCUUUGACUUCCUGCGUCUUGUCACAAACAUGAAUCCCCUCCUGGUUCCAGUCAACGGAAUCAGGAACAGGACCCCUGGUCAGAAUUGUGGUCAGCCAGGGGGCAGUACUAGUCAAGGCACAGCUAGUAUACACCAAAAAAGUGGUAACUGGGACCUUAGUUUGCAUGAAGGUGAUCAGACUAAAGGACGCACAGAUGGGAAGGACAAGUCAAGCUCUUAUAGUUUGGACGCAGGGACACAGACUGAAGGUUUGGUGCCCAAGUGGGUCCACAGUGAUAACAGUACUGGGUCAGAGUCUGCUGUAGGGGAUCACUGCUUCCUACAGCUGGGAGACCCUUAUCUCUCCUCUUUGUCGGACUUUGGCCAAUGGUCAUCUGCUAACCACUCCAGUGUAGACAGUGGAUAUGUACAGCUGGCUGCUGGACAGGGCGGAUGCAGCACCAUGGAGACAAAUUUCAGUAGCAUGUGUCCACCAUCGUUGGUGACGUUAUCUGACAGUUCGCAAAGCUCUUUUGUGAGCAGCGACUCUGUGUACAAUAGUGGAAGUGAAAACAGCAGUAGCUAUGGUAGCAGUCACUAUGGAAACAGUCACCUUAGCAAUGGUAGCCGUGACAGUGGAACUCAGACUGAUUUAUACAGUGAUAGCCUGCAGCAGGAUCAAACAUUCAGAAAAGAGUUGAUUAACUGUAGUGAGAACAUGGGCAAUCACAGUAAUAAUAUUAUUAGCAAUGGGAUUAGUAAUAUUGGACAUGGGGAAGGAUUGGCCAUGGGUGCAAAUGCUAUAGAACUUGCAGAUUUUCCCAAAGCAGAGGAUUCCAACAGUUGCACCAUGCUCCUCUCAGAGCUGAUGGAAUGCAGGGAAUUCAUGGAUGAUUUCUGUAUACUGAUGGACCCAGACAAGAAUUGGGAAGAAAUGGCAGCCAUUUUGUUCAGCUUGCCUCCACAUGUACUGAAGUAUAUAGAUUUUAAGACGCGUUACUUUGGUUACUGCACCGAGGUGGCAUUGGACAAAGCAAUGGCUGAGAACACGGGGUUCAAGGUCAGUCAGCUGGUACUCUGGCUAGUCAUACGGGGUCACGGUCAAGCCAUAGAAGUAAUCCUUCGCCACCACCGUGACUGCCACGUGUGCUCCAAGAUGGCACAGGAGAUAUUUCACAUCAUUUGUGGACUGACCAAUGAUGCCUGUCAUGUAGAAGAAGAUGGCACCCCUCAUUCUGUAAAUCCAAUCUCCCAGAAGAUAAUUAAUGUUUACAGCCCAAAUGUGACUAUCACCUCUGAUAAAGUUGACCAGUUUACUGUGCAAAAAGUAGCGGACAGUCGUGUGCUAUGCGACUCAGAAAUAAAUGUACAACCAUCAGUUGAGGACAAUUGCUGUGUUGAUUUUACCUCAGGUGACCUUGACCUAUCUGAAAAGGUUGAAUGUGAGGACACAAGUGCUCUUUCAGCUAUGACAUCUUUACCGUCAUUUUCCUUCGAAAAAGGUGAAUUGAGUCAUAUUGAGACCCCACGGAAAUCCUUAAUGUAUACUGGAGAUGGAGAGGGUGAUGGCAAUUUCAGGUCUGAUUCCACUGAUGACUGGUCUCACCCAACUGAUGACAGGACAAGCGCAAGUGACAAACCACACAAAAAGGAAGUCCCAUACAACUUACAAUCGCAGUUGUCCGACGAUAGCACAAAAUCCACAGAAAACGGAAGCAACAAUAACAACAACAAAAAAGGUGGGAUUAAUAUCAAGAAGGCGUCCAAAGUGAGAGCGAAUCAAAAGACUGUGGUGUCAGGGAGCGUGAGCCCAGAAGACCAUGCGUUUGUCUCUGGUUAUAACUUUGGAGGCAUUAACAUAGAAGAAGCAGAUGAUGUGGAGGCAAACCAGGAGCUCCAUCUGGUGGGAGAUCAGAGCCCAACUGAGGGACAUCCACCAGGGGGCAGCACUGUCAGGAAGCCUCCUGUUGGUGCAAGUUUAUCUACAGUAGGUGAGUGA